AUGGCCUCACCACUGAAGGACGUGACCAACAUGAUGAAAGGUGCCGUGCAGUCCUCGGUCGAUCAAGCUAGAUCCUUCAUUCAAGGCGCGACAACCGGCGAAGACAACCAUGCCCUUCAUACCAAAGAGCAUUCCGAACCGGAAUCGAGGACCGCUAACGUCGAUGGGGAGCACGCUCCAUCGCCACGUUUGUCAACGAGCGACCCAAAUUCCAGAGACGUCGAAUACACCGAAGAUAUGGCGUGUCCGAAAGUCUUCACCGUUCUGGACGAUGGUGACGGCAAGAAGAUCGAAAAGGCAUCUGUUUCCGGGCAAACUGUUGAGACCGCCGCCGCAAGUGCUUCUCGCACUGCGCAGACUCCCGAUGUUCACUCGUCACAAGUCAUGGGUACGGAGGGUCUCCACCCAGAGACUGCUGCUAUCGUGCGACAGGUCGAGUUCUACUUCAGUGAUGAAAAUCUCGUUACCGAUCAGCACCUUCUGUCGCGAACUGGACCGACCGGCACUGGCUGGGUGAGUAUCAACGAGAUUCUGGGGUUCAAAAAGAUGAGACAGUUCAAGCCUCGUAGCAAGGUCAAGGCAUCUUUGGCAACCAGCAGUAUGCUUGAGUUGCGGCAGAACAAGGUCAUUCGGCGCAAGACGCCACUCAAAGUCGCGCCACAGGUUGAGCCACGAAUGAAUCCGAAGAGACAGCGUGAUCAGGCCCUUGUGGAGAAGUCGUGGCUGACCAAGGGCAUUCUGGCACCCACAGGCUUCGAAGAAUAUGCUACUGACGGACCUAUCACCCCACAACAAUACGAGGAAGAACGCGUACUCUUUGACGUGGAGGAUGCUAUCACGACCCGCAUUGAAUAUGCAGUCACACGUUUCUCCAGCAGAAAGAAGAUGCAUCAAGCAAGUCUUGCUGUCUUCAGUAAGUUCUUGCUCUUGGGUGGAUUUGAGUCACUCACACACAUGUUUGCUGGUGGCUUGGACAAGAAGGAACUGGAAGAAUACGACAAAGAGGAAAUCCUGCAAAUGAAGGCAAAGUUCGGUGUCUCCGAUGUCGUCGUCGACGGACUCAACGAGCACUCUUUAGAUGCAGAUUCUUGGCUCGUGGACUUUGCGGGCAUGGCCAAGGCAUUCCUGUCUUCGGAGUUCUUCCAACAUUUCGAUUGGUACGACGAGAAAGUUCUGUUUGAGGCCACGAAUGUUCUUCGCAAGUUCUACGAAUAUCUGCUCCAUCACGACGUUUGCCCCGAGUAUGAAGAGGACAUCUACAGAGCCAUUGACGUUUGUCUCCUUGCAAACGAGGAGGUACCUGAACUUGCGCGCCUGGACUCAGGCUUUCCGGGUCAAUUCAACAUGGCUGCGUCUACACUACACUCCGGCUUCUAUGCCCAGGUUCGCCCUUCAGAUGGGGCAGCCGAUUGGGUGCUGGCUGGUGAUCAGAUCGGUCUCUCCGAUAAGGAUGCCUGGCUCGCUUUCAGUGCCGGCAUCAUGGCUCACGCCACGAACGAACAGAUGAACGAGAUCUUCAGAGCCCGCAAGAACGGCGAAAAGCUCACUGUGGUCACUGAAGAGGAUAUUGGCCUCGAAAUCGUGCGAGUCGAGCAGCGCAGCGAGCAAGCCGCUCAAAUUUACGAAGACGAUCGUAUCAAGGGCACUUUCAUCAAGCGAACAGGCAAGUUGCAUUGCAAGUCUUGGGUCCAUCCUGGAUCUGCUCCACGAGAUCUGCCUGCUACUGUUACCGACAAGAAGACCAAGACGUACGAAUUCUGGGUCGAAGAAGACAUCUUGCAACACUGCAAGAAGGGUAUGAAGCUGGAGGCCAACGUUGGUAGGUUGGAGAAUGGUAUCAUGUGGCUUGAUCUGGUCGAGAACGUCUAUCCGAGCUUUUUCAAGUGGACUCUGAACGAGCGAAUGCGAGAGUGGAAGGAGCCAGGCCCACCAAAAGCGUGGAUGAAGCGUGCCAGUGGUAAGCAGCAAGUCGAGGAGAGUCAGGAUGUGGCCAAGCACGAGAUACAGGACGAGACGCCCGACUAG